AUGGGGAAACGGGAAGUGUCAGAGGUGUUGAAUAAAUGUUUUGCAUCGAUCUUCAUGGUGAAACUAACAGCUACACAAGGAGUAUUUAACACAAUUGCUGAGGUCCCUAAGGCUGUGCUGAAAGGAUUAGGUGAAAAACAGUUAAUAUUAAAAAGCCCAAACUUGGAACUCAUAAAUGCUGUGCUUAAAUAUAUUACUUACACAAGCACAAAAUACCACAUAAAUACAGCUGAUAUAGUGUCUUUUCAGUUUGAACAGCAUGUUGCUGAAUUUCCGAUUAUUAUCAGGCAGCCCCCAAUGCCACGGUUGUUUGAUCCCGGUCCAGACAAUGACAUCAAUUCCUUGGUAACCAUUACAACAAAGACAUUUUUAAGAUAUCAUAAGCUUCGAAUCUUGAUAGACAGCAUUCGAAGAUUUUACCCAAACAUGACGAUAAUCAUUGCAGAUGACAGUGAAAUUCCUGAAAAAAUUGACGGAUCACACAUCGAACAAUACUUCAUGCCAUUUGCGAAAGGAUGGUUUGCUGGAAGAAACUUGGCAGCUUCUCAGGUCACAACUAAAUACCUUCUUUGGGUAGAUGAAGAUUUUUUAUUCACAGAACAUACAAAAUUGGAAAAGUUGGUGGAAGUAUUGGAAAAUACAAACUUGGAUGUGGUUGGAGGCUCAGUAGACAGGAAUCAAUUCCACUUUAGGCUGUGGUAUGAAAAUGGAAACCUUGAUGAUGGAGAAUGCUUGUUUUCCAAGACUGGUGGCUUUCAUGGCUUGGACGGGUUUCCAAACUGUGUGAUAACCAGUGGUGUGGUGAAUUUCUUUCUGGCAAGGACAUCGAAGAUACUGAGUGUUGGAUUUGACCCUCGAUUGGCCAGGGUAGCUCACUCAGAGUUUUUCAUUGACGGACUUGGCAGACUGCUUGUGGGAUCGUGUAAUGAUGUCAUUGUUAGCCAUCAGACACGCCAGAGUCCAACAAAUGAUUCACUGAAAGCAGUUGAACAAAAAUAUGCAAAAUUUAGAAAGCCCUCUAAGCAUGACACAGAUUACAAACUUGCACUACAUUAUUUCAAAAACCACUUAAAAUGUUAUACCAAGAUUUAAUGGCUAUGGUUGAACAUAAUCUCAGUUGACCAAUCUACACUUCCAACAUCAAGCUCUAUCUCUUUCAACCUUUCCACUCCCUCAUUGUUGUCAGGCUGCUCCUGUAACAACCACUUCUGGAUGCAGUGAACUCUUCUGCAAUUCAAGAUUUCUUCUUAUUCUUUCAUGGAAUGUGGGCAUCACUAGAAAGACCAGUAAUUGUUGACCAUCGCUAAUGGCCUUGAAAAGGUGUUGCCCAAACCACUUUCUUACACUGCUGCAGUCCAUUUAGUAAAGACUGAAGCUAUUUUCUUUGUUCCCACUGCAAAGAGAAAUGAUUGCCAUAAAUUCUGUCCCCUCCCCAGUAGUUUCAAACAAAGAGAUUAUAACCUUGGUAUCCUAUUUAACAAAGAGGUGAGCUUCUGGCCACAUAUGUUGUCAUUUACCAAGACCACCUACUUCCUAUCAGCUCUUUCAUCAGCUCCUGAAACCCGCAUCCAUACCCAGAAUCCUCUUGAGGGUAGGACAUAAAGAGGUUAGCAGCCGAGAGCUGGUCUGCAGGAUCUUGAAUGAUAGUCCCUGAAGCCAGGGUGUGGGUGACCUUUGACAGUGUGACCACAGAGAAGCUGGAGAGCUAUGGCCUAUUGGAGGAAGGGGGUUGCUUUCUUUUGCCCUAAGAGGUGGUAUCCACACAGUGUGAUUUGCCACAGACACUGCACCCUUCUGGGGAUGGCUCUUUCCGCACAUUUGCACGACUCCAGAUUCAACCAUUCAAAUACUUUUCUAAUGGCCUUCCAUGUGGUACUACUAUCCAUAAAUAUGAACUCAUUCAAAGUUCUGUUGGCCAGAUUCUGACACAUGCCCAUGUCUCAUUUAUUCAUCAUUCAUUGCCCACAAAUCUACAUUGGCACCUGCUACAUCAAUUUUACAAAUCUCAGCCUUCUUUUAAAAUCAAUCUAUGCUCUCUUCCAUUCCUAUCUCUGAAACCCCCUCAAGCUCAACAACUUUCCAAGAAUUCUGAUUUCCUCCAAGUCUGAAGUUUUGUGCACCCCCACUUUUGUAUCAUGCGGACAAAUAUGUCUUCAACGUCCCUGUCCAUACACUCUGAUAUUCCCCCUCUAAAUCAUUCCUUAAAAUCUGAGCGGUCAACUGGCAUUAGAUCUCCUCAUUUAGAUUGAUGUUACAUUUGUUUGAUGAAGUUCAUAUGAAGUGCCUUGGAGUCUUUUAUUGUGUAAGUUGCUAAAAAAUGAAGAUUGUUGAUGACACCUGAUUGUAGUUCUUUGAAGCACUUUGGACUGUCUCACCUAAAGAUGCAAGUUAUUUUUAUAAUUAAUUGUUUUUGCAUUCCAUGGCACAUAAUGUAUUUUAUGUUUGAUGAAACACAAUGAAUAUUGCAGCUAAGAGGGAAUCCUUCCAUUUUUUACUAAUAUUCACUGUGUCCUCAAGAUCCACUACACGUUGAUAAAGAUCCAAAAAAAUCACCCCUUUAUUCCACAGCAUUAAAGGUGAAUCGUAUACAUACCUCAACUGGUAAUUACUCAUGGAUGAACCCAAAUUGUGAAAGGUACUGAGUUACCUUGCUGUGGAGACCAAUUCAGCCAAGCUGAAUAAUGUUUUAUCUAAUAUUCACGCAUAGAAGCAUUUUCCAUGAGUGUCAAUGCGAUUGAUCUAUGCGUGCUCUUGGUAAUAUUUCCUUUGCCACAAAAGGAAUAUUUCUCAAUGUUAACACCCAAAUUGGAAUUAAUGUUGCAGGUACUAUUGAGAUAUUGAGAACUCAAAUACACUGGGCUAAAGAGCUAAGUAAUAAAUUGUUCAGUGCCUUUCUUACCUAAGUCAUUGUGAAAUCACUUUCAGGAAUUAGUCACUUGGUAGGACAGAGCAUCAAAAUUGCUGAUCUAGGAGGUGAGCUACCAUAAAAAUUUUUCACUUCACACUCAUCAAUACAGAAUUAUAAAAACCCAAAGAAUAAUGUAAGAAAUUUAGAAUAUUACAUCAUUGAUGAAGAAAGAGAAAAUAAAGUGUUACAGAUUUGUCUGGUCAUCCCAUGUUUAGCCAAAUUAUAAAGGCAAUUGUGAAGGUUUUCUCCAUUUAGUACUUCUAGAGACAGAAAUAUCUUAGGUUCUGGUUUGGAGAGUCAACAGGUGAGAUGGCAUGAUCAUUGACUAGUAAUUCUAAGGUUCAGGCUAAUACUCUGGGGAAUAUGAUUCAAGUUUAGAAUUUUAAGAAUACCCAGGAAUAAUAUAACGGAUUUGAAAAAAAAAUGAGUGGGAAAGAGAAUAUGAUCUAUUAGGAAUUUGGAUGAUCACCCUAUAUCUAGCUAUAAUCAUAAUAGUGGUUGUGAAGGCUUCCUCUAUUUGAUACUCCUUGGGAAAUUAUGGACAGCGACCAAAAAAGGUUCUUAGAUACUGACUUGAAGCACCAGAUGGGUUGAUGUUUGGUUAGUGGCAAUAGUACUGGACUGGUAAAUCCAAGACCCAGGCUUAUACCCUGAGAAACAGGGUUCAAGUCCCACCAUGGUAACAGGUGGCAUUUAAAUUCAAUUCAGAAAAAUAAACCUGGAAGUAAAAACAUGCAAAAUAGUGGCCAUGGAGCUGCUAUUAAUUUUAUGCAAGUACUUUAGGUUUGCUAAUUUCCUUUACGGAAAGGAAUAUAGUCUCCUUACCUGGCCUGGCCUUCUUGAGUCCAGAUUCACAGGAAUGUUGAUGAGUCUUAGCUGUUCUCAAGUGUAAAUAGGGAUUGGUAACAAAUGCUGAACUUUGUGAUGUCCAAGUGAAUACACCAGUAACAUUAAAGUCAACUGCAAACUAUCUCUAAUCUAUCUGGAAAUCAGUUUUAAUGAAAUUUAUCCAAUUAUUUCAUGCAGACCAAAUAACACAUUUAUCAUGGAUUAUGUUCAGUGUUGUAAAUUUUGGAGUAAUUAUUAAUAUUUUUGCUUUCCCAAUUUACUACUCUUUAAAAAUUGGCAUAGAUGUUGUGAAAUUUAAGUCUGUGCAAUGUUAAAUUAAAAUGUUGAAAAUCUAUUAUUUUAAAUAAAGUAUUUUCAUGAUCAAUGCAAA